AUUGGCUUACAAGUUAGACGAUAUCUACAACUGAAUCUAAGUCCAUGGCAGCUGACUGCCACGCCUAGAAGCAGUACUUCCAGGCUAGUCGACUUUCACACUGGCCACUCUACCUAGCUAGAGAUGCAUGGUCACACCAAUACGCUACAACACAUUCGGCUUCAGUAACCGAAUAUCAAGGUCGGCGAGGACAAGGCACUUCGUGGCGAAGAAUGAAGCUCGCAAAUCCUCUGCCUUCGGCUUCCUAGCGAAGUCCACAUGAGGUGAGCAUCCAAUACACGACGGCAGCGCCUUGGAAGAGUAGCCGGUCUCUCGUCAAAAUCAAGAUACCAAUGGCGACCGAUAGCAAUACCAGGCCGUACGAACUAACGGUUCCUUCAGCCGUCGCUACACCAGUCUUUCAGUCCUGCCCACACCCUCAGACCUGCAACUUUCCUAAUCCAGAUCUACACACUCCGAUAUAUGCCAAGGGUACAGCCGCACAUGUAUUGAUCCUCUGCAGCCAGCCACAAAUAUCGAAUAAGCAAUGUCGGAGAUGCCAGGGACUGCAUCAAGUACCAUUUCGUCUACUCCAGUCCAAGCUGACCUCAGUAUCUGAGUAUGUAAGCUAUUCUGCUUUGGGACUGCUACCAACUACCGAUUCAUCCCACUCAGCUCAGACUACAUGUUUGCAGAUACGAAAUGCCAAUACAUCAAGGUGGGCAUCUCACCUGCAUCUCACCUCCCCAUCGCAGCCUAGGUCGUCCUACAACUCCCACCCCACUCAUGCCACGAGUGACAUUCACGCGCGCAUGACUCAUCUUCUACCACCACAUGUCACGUAUCCCACCACGAGGCUGACAAUUAGGUACAUGGUGGCUUGCAGGGCGACAGGAAGUAGUAAGUGCACAUCUCACUUGUCGUUGCCAGAAGCUCCACUAGACACAAUCUCCACUUAACACUUGGGCCAGACUGCCGUCGAACCCACACCACACCGGUGUAGACACUCGUACUAUAGCGUGAAAAUAUGAUUAGUCUCGGGUGACGGCAGCGUAUCUUGUUCGCAGGACUGAACGGGAGGUUUGGGGGCGGAUAUCGUGUGAUUGUGCUUGGCAGUUCUGUGGCAUUGCGUAGACUAGAGGAUAGGUAGCUUGUCGAGCAAUGCUGUCGCAUUGGGUGCGUUGACAUUCGGCGUACAAUAUCACGUGUAACAAUGUCGACGAUGUAACAAAGCCAUUGUGCGAGGUUGCUGCAGCUAGGCAAGAUACGAUACCUUGAUACGGUGUUGUAGGCGGGCGCGGCAUAAGAGCGGCA